AUGGAAUCCGACGCCGAGGAGGAGGCGGCGGCGACCUCGGCGGCGGCGGGGGCACCAGGCACUGGGAGGCUGAAGGGGAGCCCGGAGCUGACACUGGAUGCAGACAUGCGGGAGAUGGCGAAGACGGCCGCGUGGAGCGUCAGUUCUUGCAAGGCUGGCAACGGCGUCGCGGCCCUGCACGACGACAACCUCGACACCUACUGGCAGUCAGUGGCGACCACUCAUCACCGAUUUUUUUUUUGUUCCUUUGUUGAAUUAUUAGUUGAAGCUAGAAGGUCUGAUGGGGCACAGCCACACCUGGUGAGCAUCCAGUUCCAGAAGAAGGUGUAG